AUCACACCCAUGUAUAUGAUGCCAUAUGAAGUAUGUUAUGUCACUAUUUUUCCAACAAAAAAAAAGGUUUGUAACCAUUAUAGUUGAACCAUUGUUGGUUUGCACAAUAAAAAGGAUUAGUGAUUACAUGAAGAACGCGCACACACACGGGCUAACUAAAUUUGUGUAGUGGAAAACACAACGCACCACGUGAGUAGGAGGAGAGCAGCGCGCUCAGUAGUUAUGAGAACAACAGUCUGAUCGCUUAUCCAUUACAACAGUCCAACAAAAAAGUAUCCAAGAAUACGACGCGUUCAGACUGUUUCGCGGCAGGAAAAUGGUUUUUGCAAGCUUAAUUUUGGACACCCAAACAGACGCCGCUACUUUGGCACAGUAAGUUUCUCCAGACGCACUUGUUUGCGCCAUGGCGCAGAGCAAUAGCCGCGCUCUCGUCAGAGAAAGUGCGGAAAUGAAUGAAACGAGUUCUCUGAAGGAUUUGGAAGAGAUUGAAGAGGAUUUCGGUUUUGGAGAUGAUCUGGAGCUGAACCAGUUUGAUGGCCUUCCCUACUCCUCCCGGUAUUAUAAACUCCUGAAGGAGAGACAGCAGCUCCCUAUCUGGGAAUCGAGACAGGAGUUUAUGACCGUUUUAGAAACUAAUCAGCUCGUCAUCAUCUCGGGUACAACAAAAACUGGUAAAAGUACACAGGUUCCACAAUGGUGUGCAGAGUUCUGUCUGUCAGCACAGUACCAACAUGGUGUUGUGGUGUGUAGUCAGAUCCAGAGACAGCAGGCUGUCGAUUUGGCCCUGCAUGUAGCUGAUGAGAUGGAUGUCAAUAUUGGCCAUGAAGUGGGCUACAGCAUUCCACUGGAGAACUGCUGCUCCACUGACACUAUUCUCAGGUACUGUACUGAUGACGUGCUGCUGAGGGAGCUGAUGUCCGACCCGUUAUUGGAGCACUAUGGAGUGGUUGUGAUUGAUCAGGCUCAUGAGCGCACCGUGAGCACAGACCUCCUUAUGGGUCUGCUUCGGGAAGUGCUUCUGCAGCGUGCAGAGCUUCGGGUGGUGCUGUUAUCUGUCAUGCCUGCUUCUCACACUCUCCUCACACACUUUAGCGGUGCAGCUUACCUGCACGUCGAGGCAUCAAGCUCACCUCAAGUUCUUCACAGCAGCCGAGAAAGCACAGACAGCUUCUGCGCAGCUCUGAGACUUAUCCUGGAGGUGCACCGGACUAAAAAGCCCGGGGACAUCGCCGUGUUCCUCGCUUCAGAGCAGGAUGUAGGUUGUGCCUGUAGUCUUCUGGCUAAAGAAGCAUCCAGGUUGAGUGGUAAUCUUGAAGAGCUGGUGCCAGUGGCAGUAUGCCCAGGCCAUGCUGGGAUCUGUCCUCCAAUCACACAGCACCAAAAGAGAGGCAGGAGGGUCUUUCUGUCCUGCAGUCAAUCUGAAGACAUGUUUUGGUCGGUGGACACGGUCAGUUUUGUGAUUGACGCUGGAGUCGAGAAGAGAUUUGUGUAUAACCCACGGUUGCGAGCCAGCUCUGAGGUGAUCAGACCCAUCAGUCGAUGUCAAGCAGAGAUCCGUAAACAGCUGGCUGGAUCAGCAGGGAAGUGUUUCCGCCUGUACCCUGAGGAGACAGAGCUCUGUGCUGAGACUCCUGCUCGGAUCCUAGAAGCAAACAUCACCUCGGCUGUGCUCUUCCUCAAGAGGAUGGAGCUGGCUGGAAUUGGGCGCUGCGACUUCAUCAGCAGGCCGGAUCCUGAAUGUUUGAUGCAAGCAUUAGAAGAGCUGGAUUAUCUAGCAGCUUUGGAUGAUGAUGGAAACCUUUCUGAGAUCGGGAUCAUAAUGUCCGAGUUGCCUUUAGACCCUCAGAUGGCUAAAGCUCUGUUAGCGUCAUGCGAGUUUGAUUGUACCAGUGAGGUGCUAACCAUUGCAGCCAUGUUAGCAGCUCCAAGCUGCUUCCUAGAGCCUCCUGUUGGCAUGGAAACAGAAGCGAUGCUGUGUCACAUGAAGUUGUAUCAUCCAGAGGGAGACCACUUCACUCUGAUCAACAUCUACAACACUUAUAAAUCCAGUCAGAGAGAGCCAUAUUUCACACAGGAGAAGCGGUGUCAGGAUUACUUUCUUUGCUGCGCGGCUCUACAGACUGCAGACGCCAUAAGGGCCGAGCUCACUGACAUUCUGAAGAGACUCGAGCUCCCGAUCUCCGCACCAGCCUUCGGCACCAAAACCAACACAUUCAACGUCAAGCGAGCGCUGCUGGCUGGGUUCUUCAUGCAGGUUGCUCGUGAUGUGGACGGCUCUGGAAACUAUUACAUGCUGACCAAUAAGCAUGUAGCUCAGCUUCACCGUCUUUCAGCUUAUGGGGCCAAAGCGCACAAACUUGGCCUGCCUGAGUGGGUGCUGUUUCACGAGUUCACACUCAACAGUGGAAACUGUAUCCGUACCAUCACACAAAUCUCACCCAUGGUGUUCACGGAAAUAGCACCGCAGUAUUUCUUCUCCAACCUGCCACCUAGUGAGUGUAAGGAGCUUUUGCAGCAUAUUUUGGACACCAAGGUAGUAGGAAGUAAUAAGAGCAGACAGAAAAUUCAUUGUGUUAUAACAGACACAACAAAAGGAGAGGAGUCCCAGUCUUAUGACAGAUGUGUGAUCCAGUAAUAUUAAUGCACAGGCUUUAGUCUAGUCUAACACUUUGGAACUGGGACAGAUAUGCCUCACUGUGUUAAGUCUUCCAUCCUUUCAUUUUUACUCCUAACAAAAACACUACCCUGGAAUUAAAUGGUGUAAUAAACUUAAAGAUAAACUUUAAGAUUAAACUUUAAGAUUAAACUUAAAGAUGUAAUAAAAUAUUUCAAAUGGAUAGAUAUUAAGAAAACAUCUCUGAAAUUUAUUUUCUGUUCCUUUCAAAUGAUAAACAGAUUUCAGACCAAUAAACUUUCACUGAGACAAAGUGUUUAGUUAUGAAUGGUGCAGAGAGUUAUUUUAUGGUUAGCUGAUGUAUUUCUACUGCUCUGUCUGCACACCUCUACAUACAUGAUCUAAACUUGUUUCAGACCAAUAGAGGCUUUGAAGAACACACACAUCAUAUGUUGUGUAAUAAUAUGCAAAUAGUCAACAAUAAAUUCCAACUAACUCAGUAA